AUGGGUAGCGUCCAGAAGUGGGAGGAAAUUGUCACCCGCAAACAGGCCCUCCGUGACCAGGCCUUGAAGCCAUAUAUGGUCUCCGAUCUGGAUGAGCGUCCGCCCCAAAUCCACAAUGUUCACGAACGCUCUUGUGUCCGUGAUGAUCCAAUCAUCCAAGAAAUCACAGAUAUUGACAAUGUCCUGGCCCUCCUCGGUCAGCUAAAAUCCGGGAAGUACAGCGCCGAACAGGUGGUUCAGGCCUAUAUCCGCAGAGCUGUAGUAGCUCAUCAACUGACCAACGCAAUUACAGAAGUAGUCUUCGACGAUGCAUUGGCUCAGGCCCGAGAGCUGGACCGUGUGUUCAAGGAGACCGGCCAGCUCAAAGGGCCGCUCCAUGGGAUUCCAAUCACAGUCAAAGACCAGUUCAGCAUCAAGGGUGUAGACAGCACACUGGGCUACGUCGGUCGGUCGUUCUCUCCUGCUACGGAGGAUGCGGUGAUCGUGCAGAUGCUCAAGGAGAUGGGCGCGGUGAUCCUACUCAAGACGAAUCUGCCACAGAGUAUCAUGUGGGCGGAGACCGACAAUCCCCUCUGGGGGCGAACGGUAAAUCCUCGCAACCCUGAUUUCACUCCGGGCGGAUCUACUGGUGGCGAGGGAGCUCUACUAGCCCUUCACGGCUCUCUGUUUGGCCUGGGAACAGACAUUGGCGGAAGCGUCCGAAUCCCGCAGUGCAUCAACGGGCUGUACGGUUUCAAGCCAAGUAGCAGCCGAUAUCCAUACCUCGGGGUGCCAGUAUCCACAGAAGGACAAGAGCACGUCCCAUCUUCCGUCGGUCCCAUGGCUCGCGACCUGUCAUCUCUCUGCUAUGUAAGCCGUCUAGUCGCCAACGCAAAACCAUGGGAGUUCGAUCCCAAAUGCACCCCUCUCCCCUGGAAUGAGGUCGCCUUCCAGGAGGUCCAGAGUAGACCCCUGGUAAUCGGACUGAUUCUCGACGACGGUGUAGUCAAGGUGCAUCCUCCUAUCGAACGCGCGCUGCGGGAUCUAGCAUCCAAGCUUGAGAAACAGGGCCACGAGGUCAUCACAUGGGAUACGUCGGACCACCAUGAAUGCAUCAAGCUCAUGGACCAGUACUACACCGCUGACGGGUGCGAGGAUAUCCUCCGUGAUGUCGGCGCGGCGGGAGAGCCGAUGAUUCCCCAUGUCCAGGCGCUGGUUGACCGUGCGAAGGCCAUCUCUGUCUACGAGUACUGGCAGCUCAACAAGGGGAAGGUCGCACUACAGAGGAAGUACCUUAACAAGUGGAAUGCCACGCGGUCUCCUUCCGGUAAGCCGGUUGAUGUGCUUCUGUCUCCCACGACGCCGCACCCUGCUAUCCCGCACCGCGCGCUCCGAUGGGUGGGCUACACUAAGAUCUGGAACCUGCUCGAUUACCCGGCUGUCACCUUUCCCGUCGACGAGGUCAGAGAAGAUGUAGAUCGGCUGCCAGCGGGAGGUUAUCAGCCGCGCAAUGAGCUGGAUGCAUGGAACUGGAGUCUUUACGAGCCAAAGACAAUGAAUGGGCAUCCGAUUAACCUACAGGUCAUUGGGAAGAAGCUCAAUGAGGAGAAGGUGCUGGGGGCGGCGACCAUUAUCGAGAAGAUCUGGAGGGAGAAGUCAUAG